ACACUCACACACACACUCACUCACACACACACACACACAUUCUCACACACACACACAUUCUUACACUCACACACUCACAGGCAGACACAGAGAUUUGGGGAAGGCUCAGCUGGCUCUGGGAGAUACUGGGAAGCUGCUUUCUCAUCUACUGGGAUUUCUCUCUGUUCCAAUCUGGGAAGUGGAGGCGCAGGAGCUGCACCCAGCGGGUUAGAAACCCACAGACUGCUUCUGGGCAAAUGGAGAAAUAUAAAGCCCUGGAACGGCUGCUCACCGAGCUGGAAGAUUUCCUGAACGUUCUGGACAAAGAAAGCCUCAGCAGCUCCGCCGUCCUGAAGAAAUCCAUCUUAACCGAAAUCCUCCAGGUUUACAUGAAAAGUAACAGCGGGUGCGACGAGGAAUAUAUCUACAUGAAUAAGGUGGUUGUUUCAGACAAGAAAGACGAGCAAACAAAACCCGAAAGAGACGACGUCGUGGAUCAUCCCACCACAGAGACGCUGACCAAUGGGACGCCAGCGCACCACGGCGCCGCUCCACAGAAAAGCCUGCCGGACCUCCCGCCGCCAAAAACCGUUCCGGAAAAGUCCCCCGUUUGUCAGAAUAAAGCGGACUCGGCGGAGGGUUACUAUGAAGAGGCCGAGCCGUACGAUGCCUCCGUUAUGGAUGAUGGGGAGGCCGUCAGCAGCUCCUACGAAUCGUACGAUGAAGAGGAGAACAACAAGGGGAAGUCCGCAGCCCACCAACACCAGUGGCCGUCCACGGAGGCCUCCAUCGAGCUGAUGAAAGAUGCCCUCAUCUGCGCCUUCCUCUGGAGGAAGAAGUGGCUCGGCCAGUGGGCAAAACAACUGUGUGUUAUUAAGGACAGCAGAUUAAUGUGUUAUAAGAGUUCCAAGGACCACAAUCCCCAGCUGGACGUCGGUCUGAUCGGCUGCACCGUGACGCACAAAGAAAAGCAAGUCCGAAAGAAGGAGCACAAGCUGAAGAUCACGCCGGCCAACUCUGACGUCAUCGUGCUGGGGAUGCAGAGCAAGGAGCAAGCAGAGCAGUGGCUGAAGGUGAUACAGGAGAUUAGUGGCCUCCAGACCGACGUGGCCUCUGAAAGCUCUCCUCUCGCAUUGGAAAGUCAGCGGCAAAUGUUACACAAGGGAGAGCCGUCAGACAGAUAUUCCGGUGCAUCAGAAAGUGGGAGCAGCACUGACGGCCCCCCUGAGACCCCUGAAACCAAAGAAGUUAAAAAGAAAGGAGGCUCCGGCCUCAAACUCAGCAAUCUCAUGCACAUCGGAAGAAAGAAGUCGUCUUCCAUGGAAAGUCCUGAGAAGACCUUGGAGACGUCAAGUUACCUGAACGUGUUGGUUAACAGCCAGUGGAAGUCCAGAUAUUGCUGCAUCAAAGACGGGCAGCUGCAUUUUUACCAGGAUAAAAACAAGAGCAAGUCGGCGUGUCAGCCGGUGUCGCUGCCGGGAUGCGAUAUCAUCCCCUACCCGAGCUCUGAUCACCUGUACUCCUUCCGCAUUCUGCACGGCGGGGAGGCUCUGGUGACCCUGGAGGCCAAGUCAUCCGAGGACAUGGGCCACUGGCUGGGGCUCCUCUUGUUAGAGUCGGGGUCAAAGACGGACCCUGAAGAAUUUGAUUACGAUUACGUGGACGCCGACCGGGUUUCCUGCAUCGUCAGCGCGGCCAAGAACUCAUAUCUCUUCAUGCAGAGGAAAUAUUCAGAGCCCAACACUUAUAUCGACAACCCGCGCGGGGGCCGAGCUCAGCAGGACGACCUCUACGACGACGUUGACGUGUCAGACACGACGGAAGAAGACCCUAAAGUUGAUCCCCGGGGGGAAGCCGAUGAUGAGACGUACCUCGAAAUCCUCCCGGUCAAAUCUUUUGUGCACUGCUCCGGAGCGAAGGCUCUCUGCAAGUCUCCGACCAGUUCUCCCAGACCGGAGAGAGUUGGCGAUAAAAAGGACAAAGACGGGAAGGAUCAGCAGAACGCGGCACACGGAAAAUCCGAAAUACCCCAGCCUGACCCCAAGAUAACAAGCCAGGGAGUAGAAGAAAGUUCUCUGAAACCAGUCCCUGAUAUCCAAGUAACGGCCCCCGCUCCAGUAACGGCCCCCGCUCCAGUAACGGCCGGUCCUCUGGACAGCAGGGGCAAAGAAAAAACAGAGAAAGUCAAGAUAUCCGGCCCUGCCAUUGAAACCAAACUGGGUAAAAACCGCACGGAGGCCGAAGCGAAACGCUUCACAGAAGAGAAAGAAAGGCUGGAGAGAGAGAGAGAGGAGAUCCGGACGCGACUGGCGCAGCUGCGCAGAGAGAAACGGGAACUCAAGGAAUCCAUCGCCAACUGCAACGACAAGGAUCUCCUGGCCGGCCUGGAGGAGAAGCUGAGAAGCAGAGAGGAGGAAUGUAAGGAGAAGGAGAGCCGCCGCGUGGACCUGGAGCUCAGCAUCAUGGAGGUGAAGGAAAACCUGAAGAAAGCCGAAUCGGGGCCCGUGACGCUGGGGACGGCCGUGGACGCCACGCUCUUGGACAGCACCACAAACGCCAAGUGCAGCAGCCCCAUUCAUUUACCGGACUCGUCACCGGUAAAUGCCGCCACGGCGCUGAAAAACAGACCUCUCUCCAUCAUGACAACCGGAAAAGGCACAGUGCUGCAGAAGGCCAAGGAAUGGGAAAAGAAAGGGGCAAGUUAAGGAAGGUCACUGUUAUUAAUGAACUGAGAGACUCGAAUGUGACGUCGACCUGCUGGACCACGGCUCUGGGGGGCUUCAUUCAUCAAGAAGA